AUGUUUGAUCCAGAUACAUUGCCGUACUAUGACCCUGCUAAAGAAAGGAAGGUUGCGGUGAUAACGGGGGGGACCGGCGGGAUAGGAUACUAUACAAGUUUACACAUGUACCUACACGGUUACGUCAUAUACAUGUGCGGCAUGAAUUCGCAUAGGGUCAAUAAGGUGAUACAGGAAAUCGUGAAGGAGGCAGAGACGCGGGUUAUUAUGAGUCCCAAGGAUACAUUACUGCGAAACGCAAUUUUCGGAAGCCUACGGUACAUUCAUUUAGAUUUAAGAGAUCUGAACUGCGUGGAGCGGGCCGCCGCGAAGAUUGAAAAGUUGGAAGAAAAGGUAGACGUCUUGAUCAAUAACGCUGGCAUAAUGGCCGUUCCCUACGAAGAAACGAAGGACGGAUUCGAAGUACAGUUGCAGACUAACUACAUUUCCCAUUUUCUCUUGACAAUGAGGUUACUGCCCUUACUCAAAAAAGGCGACAGUCGAGUAAUAUCGCUCUCUUCGAUCGGACACAAUUUGGAGUUUACGUACUGGAAAUUGAGCCAGAGUUUCAAAUUCCCUCCUAAUUUAAUCUUCACUUGGUUUCGCUACGCGAUGAGUAAAACAGCGCUCAUCCAGGGAACCAAAAUGCUCGCCAUCAAAAACCCAGACGUGUUAUGUCUUUCGUUGCACCCGGGACUGGUCAUGAACACCAAUCUGUUCAGCUACUGGACCAGACUCCCGAUCAUAGGCAUCUUUUUCUGGUUGCUCUUCCAACUCAUCGGCUUUUUUUUUGGAGUAUCAAAUGAGCAGGGCGCAAUUGGAACACUACGAUGCGCACUGUCACGGGAUAUAUCUGCGGAAAACGAUAACGGCAAGUACUAUACCACUGGAGGAGUGGAGUCUAAGAGUAGCAGUGUCGCAAACAACCUGGACGACGCAGCGUCAUCGUGGAUUUGGACAGUUCAUGAAUUAAAGAAGCGUGGAUUUGAAGUUUAG